AAGAAGCAAGGAUUGGCAGUGUCAUUUAAAGAGAUGUAUCCCACAUCCAGAUUACCGGGUCCACACCAGUCUAACCAGCCUUUCAAAUUCACAGUGGUCGAGUCAUGUGACAGGAUCAAGGAAGAAUUCAGCUUUCUACAGGCUCAGUAUCAUAGCUUGAAGAUGGAAUGCGAGAAGUUGGCGCAGGAGAAAACAGAAAUGCAGAGGCAUUACGUCAUGUACUACGAGAUGUCCUACGGUUUGAAUGUGGAGAUGCAUAAACAAACAGAAAUAGCCAAAAGAUUGAACACCAUUUGUGCACAAAUUAUUCCUUUCCUGUCGAACGAGCACCAGCAGCAGGUGAUAGCAGCUGUUAAGAGAGCAGAACAAGUGACGUUGCAGGAAUUAAAUGCCAUCAUUGGGAAUACAGAUUUCAAACAAGUCUAUGCCCAGAGUGACUGGCUCAAUCAAUUAAAAAAUUCAGAUGUGAGGCAAAUGUACAUGAAUGCACAAGCAGAAUGGCUUAAUCAUCUCAGUCAGAUGCAAGCCCCUCACCUGCCACUGACUGGAGGCCACCUGCCCAGCCUACCCAUUCCUCCUCAUCCAAACUCUGCUCUUCCAGGCAACGGUACGACGUCCAACAACAUGAUGAAUCGCUUGCCGAGUUCAAGCCAUCUUCAUGUCAAGGAAGAGAAAGACAGACAUAGAAAUUCCACAUCACCCGAUCGCAAAUAUGAUUGGUCAAGCAACAGGUCACCUGACAUCAGCAACGAACCAUCAAAGAGGAAGAAAUUUGAAGAUAAACAGCAACAACAACAGCAUCAACAGCAGCAACAACAUCAACAGCAGCAGCAGCAGCAGCAAGAAAGUGAUGGUGAGAAGAGUGAUCAGGACCUGGUGGUUGACGAUGCAAGUCAGUUAUCUCCAGUAAAUGGCGAGCGAUCUCCGCGGAAGAACGGCCCAGACAAGCCUCUAAAACGCGAGAGUUCGUCUCCAAGAAUGCGAAACGAAAUGUCGUCAUCACGGAGUUCAAAUGCGUCUGGAAGUGGUAACAAUGGAGCUAGCAGCAGUGGCAGCAACAAAAUGAGAGAGAACGACAAACCAGGCACACCAGUCAACAAGUCGAACAACAGCCUUCCCUCAGGUACCCUCUCUAAACCUCACCCCAUUCCCAAGCCGGUCAUGCCACCUUCACUCUUACCACCAGGGGCCUACCCUCAAUUCCUCCCUCACAUGAUUCCUCCCGAGUUGGGCAGGGACCUCCUCCCCCCACUUUCUGGUCCACCGAUCUCACCGGGACAGUUGGCUGGAUUCGCUCGAAGCUCCCUGGCACAGUUCGAUCCAAGACUUGCUGGAAAACCGGCCUACUCUUUUUACGUGAGUGCUGACGGUCAGAUGCAGCCGGUGCCCUUCCCACCAGAUGCCCUCGUUGGUUCAGGCAUUCCUCGCCACGCCAGACAGAUCACAACCCUCAACCACGGAGAGGUGGUGUGCGCCGUCACGAUCAGCAACCCGCCCAAACACGUGUACACGGGAGGCAAGGGCUGCGUGAAGAUGUGGGACAUCAGAGAUCCCAUCUGCAAGUCGCCCAUCACCCAACUCGACUGCUUGCAACGAGACAACUACAUACGAUCCGUCAAGUUGUUGCAAGACGGUCGAACCCUGGUAGUGGGAGGGGAGGCAAGCACCAUUUCCAUAUGGGACCUAGCAAGCUCUUCACCUCGAAUAAAGGCGGAACUGACGUCGGCCGCUCCUGCUUGUUACGCCCUGGCUAUCAGUCCAGACUCCAACUUGUGUUUCAGUUGUUGCAGCGAUGGCAACAUAACCGUGUGGGACUUGCAUAAUCAAACACUCGUCAGACAGUUCCAAGGUCACACAGAUGGCGCCAGUUGCAUAGACAUCUCUCCAGAUGGUUCGAAAUUGUGGACAGGAGGUCUCGACAACACAGUUCGAUCGUGGGAUUUGAGAGAAGGUCGACAGUUACAGCAGCAUGAUUUCGCUUCUCAGAUAUUUUCUCUCGGUUACUGUCCCACAGGGGAGUGGCUUGCAGUUGGUAUGGAAAGCAGCAACGUUGAAGUCUUGCAUCACUCGAAACCUGACAAAUAUCAGCUUCACCUGCACGAAAGUUGCGUUCUUUCAUUAAAGUUUGCAUAUUGCGGCAAGUGGUUCGUUAGCACAGGCAAGGACAACCUACUGAAUGCAUGGAGAACUCCUUAUGGGGCUAGCAUAUUCCAGUCAAAAGAGUCAUCAUCAGUACUAUGCAGCGACAUAUCCAUCGACGACAAAUUCAUUGUUACCGGCUCUGGAGAUAAGAAAGCCACAUUAUACGAAGUCAUAUUCUAGCGAACGUUGGCAUCGCCUACCUACUGAUUUUUCAUUCAUCUUGUAGAUAAAAUCUGCUUAAACUAGCAGUUUGUUACUUAAACAACCACCUCCUCCUCCUCCUCCUCCUCCUGUACAUAUUGCAAAUACGCACAUUUACUCACAUUGACUGUCGCUUCUCACAUUCGUUCAUUCAAUCGUUCAUUCAUCUGUUAAAUAUUUUCUUCGUACAUGUACACGCUCAUUAUUUUUGCUUUUUAUUAUUUUUGUUUUCUUUGCGAGGACCUCGUCUUCGCAAAUUAAAAAUGUAACAUUGUUUUUGUGAUGCCAGUUUAUUUGAAUUUUUGAUGUAAAUUUAUUUCAUGUUACGGAUUAUGCAUCUGUCAGUGCACAAAAAAUAUAUAAUGCAUGUGUUCGUGUUUGUGUGUGCGUGCAGCAGUUCGGAAAUAAAAGUUGUGACUAAAUGUGAAAAGGAAAUUUAGGUUUUAAUAUAACUUAUUCAAUUGAAAAUUAGCUAAUUCAUUUUUCAUUAUGCACGUGCAUGAAAUGUGUUUGGAUUUCUACGGUUCCAAUUAAAUGUUUGCACCUAUUGAGUAUACGGCUGUAUAAUAAUGUAUAUGUGUGUGUGUGUGCCAACGGGAGAGCGAGGUCGUGUGGUUGCGUGAGACAGGCUGCUCUGCCAUCAUCUCUGUGCUGUUGACUAUUUCCGUUUUAUUUAUUUUGAGCAUUUAUUGCAUAUGUAUGCGUAUAUAUAUACAUGUACAUAAUUUUAUCGAAAUACGCGGCAAUACAUACGUUUGUCUAUCUAUUGAACAAAAUAGCGGUUCAUUUUACGCGUGUGUGUGUAUUUAUGUACAUAGUUUUUGGUAGCUUAAUAACUUUUGUUUAAUAAACAUUGGUGUGAAAGUGUG